ACCUUUGCCAGGGACACGGCCGGGGACUCCAUUUCCCGUGGGCCUGCGGAGCGGCGCAUGCGCCGUACGGGCAGCGAGGCGAGGUGGGGGGGCGCGGGGCAGCGCAGGUUCCCGUCUGCGCUGGCUGCGGCCUUCACUGAGCGGGGGGGCGGCCCCGGCCCGGCCCCGCAGGACGAUGGACCCGGCCGAGGCCGUCCUGCAGGAGAAGGCGCUCAAGUUCAUGCCCCGAAUACACAUGCCAAAAGAUGGAUUUCAGCUUAUAUCUUCUGGAUACCAAGCAUGGCUAAAGCAGUGCUCUAUGCCCAGAUCUCUGUGGCUGGGCUGCUCCAGCCUGGCGGACAGCAUGCCCUCGCUGCGAUGCCUGUAUAACCCAGGGACUGGCGCACUCCCAGCUUUCCAGAAUUCCUCUGAGAGAGAAGACUGUAAUAAUGAUGAGCCCCCUAGGAAGAUCAUUCCUGAGAAGAAUUCACUUAGACAGACCUACAACAGCUGUGCCAGACUGUGCUUAAACCAGGAAACAGUAUGUCUAGGAAGCACUGCUAUGAAGACUGAAAAUUGUGUGGCCAAAACAAAACUUGCCAAUGGCACUUCCAGUAUGAUUGUGCCCAAGCAAAGAAAACUGUCUGCAAGCUAUGAGAAGGAGAAGGAGCUCUGCGUCAAGUACUUUGAACAGUGGUCCGAGUCUGAUCAGGUGGAGUUUGUGGAGCACCUCAUCUCCCAGAUGUGUCACUACCAGCACGGACACAUAAACUCAUACCUCAAACCCAUGUUACAGCGGGACUUCAUCACUGCACUGCCAGCUCGGGGAUUGGAUCACAUUGCUGAGAACAUUCUGUCAUACCUGGAUGCCAAAUCUUUGUGUGCUGCUGAGCUGGUGUGCAAGGAGUGGUACCGGGUGACAUCUGACGGGAUGCUAUGGAAGAAGCUCAUUGAGAGAAUGGUCAGAACAGAUUCCCUGUGGAGGGGUUUGUCAGAGAGGAGAGGAUGGGGGCAAUAUCUAUUUAAAAAUAAACCUCCUGAUGGAACUGCGCCACCCAACUCCUUCUACAGAGCACUUUACCCCAAAAUUAUACAAGACAUAGAGACAAUAGAGUCGAACUGGCGGUGUGGAAGGCACAGUUUACAGAGGAUCCACUGCCGAAGUGAGACAAGCAAAGGGGUUUAUUGUUUACAGUAUGAUGAUCAGAAGAUAGUAAGCGGCCUAAGAGACAAUACUAUUAAGAUCUGGGAUAAGAAUACAUUGGAAUGCAAGCGAAUUCUCACGGGACACACGGGUUCUGUCCUGUGCCUCCAGUAUGAUGAACGGGUGAUCAUUACUGGAUCUUCAGACUCAACAGUCAGAUGUCCAUGCAAAUCGCUGUCAAGGAGAAAUGAGAAUCUAAGCCAAGGCCAGUCAAGAGUGUGGGACGUGAAUGCAGGCGAGAUGCUGAAUACACUGAUCCACCACUGCGAAGCUGUGCUGCACCUCCGCUUCAACAAUGGCAUGAUGGUGACGUGUUCCAAGGACCGCUCCAUCGCCGUGUGGGACAUGGCCUCCCCAACAGACAUCACCCUGAGGAGGGUGCUCGUGGGGCACCGAGCUGCUGUCAACGUAGUGGACUUUGAUGACAAGUACAUUGUAUCAGCAUCAGGUGACAGAACUAUAAAGGUAUGGAACACUAGUACCUGCGAAUUUGUGCGCACCUUAAAUGGCCACAAACGAGGCAUUGCAUGUCUGCAGUACAGAGACAGGCUAGUAGUGAGCGGCUCUUCAGAUAAUACCAUCAGGCUCUGGGAUAUCGAGUGUGGGGCGUGUUUACGAGUACUGGAAGGCCAUGAAGAGUUGGUGAGAUGCAUUCGCUUCGAUAACAAGAGGAUAGUCAGUGGGGCAUAUGAUGGGAAAAUUAAAGUAUGGGAUCUUGUGGCUGCUUUGGAUCCCCGUGCUCCAGCAGGGACCCUCUGCUUGCGAACCCUUGUGGAGCAUUCUGGAAGAGUCUUUCGACUUCAGUUUGAUGAGUUCCAGAUCGUCAGCAGCUCACAUGAUGACACCAUCCUCAUCUGGGAUUUUCUGAAUGAUCCAGCUGCCCAGGCAGAAUCCACUCGUUCCCCGUCCAGAACAUACACCUACAUCUCCAGAUAAAUAACACUACACUGUACCUCACUCGCACAGAAGGAAGAAGAGUUUCUGCAGAGCGAGUAGAGCAGCUGGUGCCUAACAAGAGGAUGCAGAUGGCCUGACCCUGGGCAGUUGUCACCAGGCAGGAGGGUUUUGCCAAGAACCUCCCUCUGAAGUGAUGACCAUUCUCCUCACUCUGCAGCAAGCUGAUUCAAGAUUACAGCUUGGCCAGGGGAGGAGACACUGAGGCACAAGCACAAACCCAGGCAAAUUAAAUUGAGAUGCAUCAAUGUGCAAAAUAAUAUACUGAUAGGGCCUAGCCCUUGUUCUCUCUCGCAUAGCAUGGAUGUUAAAUUAUUCAUAUCAGAGCCUGCUUGGUUUGCUCAUCACCUUUUGUCUUGGCCAGCACAGUGUGGGCAGGACAAAAUGUUUCAUGUGUUUGGGUCAGUUGUAAAGUGAAUUUUUUGCAUAUGAGUGAAGUGGGAUAACAUGUUUGCCUGCAUGGGUGCGUACAUGCACAAUUACUGUUGAUAGCAGUAAACAUAAGAGAGAAGAAUGGCAGAAGAGCUGACAGGCUUCUGCAAAAGGGUGUCCACAGUGACAUUUUCCCAUGAAAGUGCUCUGUCAGGGGGCACAUCCUGUAUCCUGUUUGGUAACUGUACAGUGAUGCUCUGGACCUGUCAGAUCUUGAUCAAACACUCUGAUCAAUCAGAUGUUAUUUUAAAUCAUUAAAAGGCUUAGUAUGAA